AACAAACUUGAUAUUUUCCGUUCACGAGAAGAAUGAUUAGAAUAAUUAGAAAAUUGAUCCCUGAUAACCAGCUUUGAUCAAUUGGAUUUACGAUCGAAAACCUGUUGCUUCACGAUCGCCAUUCCUUCCGUUGCUUCUCUUUCAAUGCCUUAUUACGGAGUAGCCAAUGGUCGUCAAGUUGGAGUUUAUGACAAUUGGGAGGAUUGCAAAGAUCAGGUGAAUGGAUACUCUUAUAAUAAGUAUAAGAAGUUUGAUACACCAGCUGAAGCUUGGGACUUUGUUGAUGAGAAUUCCUCAAGAAGCAAUGCUAAGCAAUCAUUUAAUUCUAAAGCUGUAGCUUGUCGAAAUGAUAAUCAAGUUGCAUUAAGAGGAGAUUAUCAGGGAGAAGCUACCAAUUAUCAUCGUACUGAUCGCAUGCAAGGGAGAAAUGGCGUUAUCGUACGCGAACGUUCUUACAAGAGUGGUAGAGAUGGAAACGGCUAUUUUGUCGAGAACUAUACACGCACGUACUGGAAGAAUUAUUAACGAAAUGACAAAGAAGUUUUUUUUUUUUCAUAUACUGAAGAAUUAACUGUGUAAGACAUGGGCAUGUUCUGAAGAAAAGUUGUAUAAGUUAUAAUUAGUUAAAAUACGUUUUUAAUUUUAUACAUUAUUGCUACAUAUUUGAUUACAUAUAAUACAUAAGAGUUAUUGUGAUUAUUCAAGUUUGUAUUUCAUUUUAUUACAUUUUUUUUUGAAACAUGCCAUGAUUAAUAAAUAUUGUAUUGCAAUUGCAUGACCUCUGAUUUCAUUAAAUAAUUUUUAUAAGAAGGAUUUAGAACGAAGUCUAACAUCUCUACUUUCGAAAAUUGUAUUUGGUCUUAAAACUUAUUGUUUUUCGUUCUCUAGCAAACAAUGGUUUAUCUUUACCUUGAAAUUUA